CAUCACGCCGACGCGCGCCUGGAACCGCGCAACCAACCAACGGAAACUAACGCGUGGGUCUUCGCCGAAACGCGCCGGGAAUUCAAAUUUAAACACUCGCGCGCGCGCUAAUGGUACCCGGUGCGGUGGUUCCCUUUCUUCUAAACGUGUGUUUUUUUUGUUUUAAUUUUCUUUCGGGUGCUUGUUUGCGUUACGGACCAUUAGCUGGUCCCCCGUUCGGCAACGGUUGUGAGCACGCGGCCUCCUUUAAUUAGCGUGAACUCGGGUUAUCCCUCGAUUGCGUAUCCACGUGCGAUCCCCCUUGGGGUCCCUUUGGGGUCCGGUCUCAACACGGUCCCCGGUGGCGAGAUGCAACUGGCAGCUGUUCCGAUUUUAUGGUUCACGACGUCGUUCCGCGAUCACCGAUCUCGCUUCCGUCGCCGGUGCGAUGGAUCCCUUGGGCGUGCCCCGCGAUAGUGCGAUCGUGUCCGUCCGUGGCCGUGGGUAGCUCCUCGCGCAUCCUGUCCACCAGACCACCUGCCCGAGCGUGCCCAGGAGCGAGAAAAACGCGAUGCGUUCGCUCCAGCGAACGGGCGAACGUGCGGCUAAACUGCGUGCCGGUGUCGGCGUGAGUGCUACCAUAAAUAAAAUUAGAGCAUAAUCAAGCAGGAUCGAAAAGUAACGAUCUCGUGCGGUCUGUGUGUGUGUGUGAGUGUGUGCGCUUGAGUGUAUUCGCUCCAUCGGAGUAGGCCCAAAAAAAAAAGGAGCAAAAGAAAAAGAAAACAGUGAGGCGGAAAAAUAGUUCGAGUCGUAUCGGAAUUUCGAAAGAUCAAAGUGCUAAAAGCGGAUCGUUCGGAUCCCAAAGUGACAAAGGAGUGCGUGUGUGUGUGCAUUGGUGAGGUGCGGAGUGUGUGGGCGUUAGAAGCAGGCGAAAAAGAAAAAAAAGAAAGGAAAAUGUCACCCCCGGACCGGGAUGCGCCCGGGUGCGGCUCGUUAAAAUCCGAUCCAUCACGGUUGAAGAUGUAUCGAUGUCACAAGCGGCUCGAUUUACAGCAGCAGCACCACAAAUGCAAAAGCUGGCGAAGAACGUUCCGAGCGCACGAGCGUGCGGCCGAGCCGAUGCUCACCGUGGCGUCUUCCUGUGGCUUGCGGCUGGUGCAACCCGACCCGGUGCGAUCUGACGAUCCGCGGCCACGCAGCCGGUUGUGGCUGCCAGGACGCCCGGGCGUCUCGCGACAGCUAUUCUGGACCGCGGCGUUGCUCCUGUGCGCGGGAUUAUGUACAAAAACCGGAUGUGACGACACGGAGCAGUUCCAGAAAAACAGAAAAUUUACACCAACUACCGCCACGGUUGACACGAUUCCAGCACGCAUUGUAUGGGCUGCGAUAGAUCACGAUGCGGAGCUACCGUGCGACAUCACGGCACCGGCGGCGCAGGACGGCGUCAAGUUGGUCCUGUGGUUCAAGGAUUCCACCGGAAUUCCGCUGUACAGCUUGGACUCGCGCAGCGGCGUACCGAUCUCGGCCGCCCAGCACUCCACCAUCGCGAACGAUCUGGGUCAGCGGUUGUUUUUCUCCGUCGGAGCGACGCCAAAGGAGGCCCGCCUGCAGAUUCGCAACAUCAAAACAUCCGACGGGGGCGUCUACCGGUGCCGGGUGGACUACUUCAACUCACCCACGCGAAACUACCGAGUCAAUUUGACGCUAGCCGUUCCACCUGAAGAACCACGGAUAUUCGACGCGCAGGGUAAGGAGAUUUCAACCGUCGCUGGACCGUUUCGAGAGGGACACGAGCUUUUUCUUUCCUGCCAAGUAUCCGGCGGACGUCCCCCGCCGCGGGUCACGUGGUGGCGAGAUGGCGUAGAAAUUUCCAGCACCAGCCAUCCAUCCGCCGUCGAGGGCACCUCAGCCAUGGUUAAUCAACUAUUCAUCAGUACCGUCUCGAGGGACUUUUUCGGCUCGAAACUGCAGUGCCGUGCAGCCGGCUCCAAGCUCGUCCCGGCCGUGUCGAAGGAGGUCUCCAUCCAAGUACACCUGAAACCGUUACGAGUGAAAAUCAUUUCCCCGAACGAGCUGCUGACAGCGGGUCGCCCGAUUCCAAUUAGAUGCGAGGCGUGGGGUUCCUUUCCGGCGGCCAAAAUCGUGUGGCUGCUCGAUGGCGAACCGCUGCGUAGCGCCGACAUCACCGUGCACACGGACAGCAACGAUUCCAAUCUGACCUCCAGCAUACUGACCCUUCGCGUGACGGCGGAAAACGAUGGGGCCGAGCUGGCGUGCCGGGCUUCCAAUGCGUGGUUUUCGGGCGGCACUCUCGAGGACAAGCGCAUCAUAAGCGUUGCAUACGAACCCGUCGUGUCGGUGCAUCUCUCCAACGAGGAUCCGAGCCGGGUGAUAACGCGCGCCGAGGGUGAAAACGUUACGCUCAAAUGCCGGGCGGAUGCGAGACCACCGGUCACUUCCUUUUCCUGGUACAAAAACAACAUGAGAAUGUCCGGAGAAAAUGGAGAAACCUUGUACUUGACGCAGCUGGAGCGGGAAAGCGCCGGUUCGUACGCCUGUGCCGCAUCAAACACGGAAGGUGAAACGCGCAGUUCAUCUUUAACGCUCAAAAUACAGUUUGCACCACGCUGCAAACCGGGCACGGAGCAAACCUCGGUCGGGUCGCUGAACAUGCACUCGCUGCACGUCAAGUGUGAGGUAGAAGCCGACCCACCGGAUGGAGUGCGGUUUAGCUGGACGUACAACAACACGCGCAACGUUUCGCCCGUGCUGAACUCUCGCAUCAGCUCGCACGGACUCGUCAGCACCAUGACCUACCUGCCCCAGUCGGACUCGGAGCUGGUGACGCUGGCCUGCUGGGCGAUCAACAAUGUCGGCCGGCAAACGGUGCCCUGUCUGAUACAUAUUUUACCCGCAAAGAUUCCGGACACGCCCCGGAGCUGUGAGCUGCACAACGACACCGUGCUCGAGGUCGUGUGCCUGGCCGGUAGUGACGGUGGACUGCUGCAGUCGUUCUUGCUUGAGGUCGUCGGUGGUGCGGCACCUUCGGCGUACAAUCUGGACUACACCCGUGGCCCGCCCACGGAGAUCGAUAAUGAAAUUUCCACCAUGAACGAUCAGGCCACAUUAGCGCCAUUAUUUCGUAUCCAGGAGCAGGUACCGCAGUUUAAAUUGCACAGCUUAGAGCCGGGUCGGGACUAUCAGCUGCUGGUGUACGCUGUCAACGCAAAGGGCAAAAGUGAUCCACCGUUCGUUAUCGAUAAAGUGCGCGUCGGCUCGGCACUCGUGCCACCGUACGUUGAUGAAACCAUUAUCUCGGAAGAUCCAACACCGGCGGAAACGUCACACCAGGACAAGCAGAAGCAGCAGUCACAGAUGGUUAUGUUUGCCGCAGUGGCGGCCGCCGUAGGUGUCAUUAUAUCCUCCAUUAUCGUUGCCGGAUUCGUCGCGAUAUGCAGGCUCAAGCGACAGAAGCCACCCGAACCACAAGAAGUCCGGAAGCGCAUGCGACCGGCCCGAACCGAUGUGCCAUCGAUGUACGCCGAGGACGAUGUAUUCGAUGAUGAGUAUCAGCGCCAGCUGGAUGUACGCUGCAGCCGUGCCUCGUCCACCAUUAGGAGUAGUCGCUACGUAUCGGAAGGAUUUGUACAGUAUUCACAACCUAGUCUUAAUGUUUAUAUUGCAGAUCCCGAUCUGAUAUUGCCACGUGGUGGGGACAUCGAGUUCACCACACUAUCAGGAGCUUAACAUAAGCUGCCAACAGAGGACCGGGCUGCGGCAGAGUAAGGAAAUGGAACGCGUAGCGUAAGCUCACGCCACAUGCCCAUGGAAAGCAGCGCGAGAAAUUCGAGGCAUAUACAUAUUGCAGCAGCCGAAUAAUGCAACUUAUUAUUAAUCUAGUAGAGCGAAGAGUACGUUUUUAAACUUUAAAGUAAACAAAAACAUUACAUCUCACACUCACACGCAACACAUGAACACAAACAGGUAGACUAGGCGAGGUGGACAAGCGUAAAAUAAAAUGAAACAGGAUGAUGGCAGCGAAGCCGAUAAAAACCAAACAAACAAACAAACAAAAAACAUACAAAUCAAAAGUAGUUAAAGCAUACCAAAUGAACAAAGCAAAUGUAAACCAUGUUGAUGGUGUACGAUCGCCAAGCGGGAUCGUAUUGCAGAAGGACAUAUUUUAGUCGUUAUGGGCGACAAUGCAACUGAUUGGAGCGAAUUUCACGCGGUGUUCAACCGAUGGAGAUUCCACUGUAAACAUGUCGCAUGAAGAGAGUUUAUUAGGCAAUGUGUGGCGUGAAGAAAACGGUUUAAGUUAGGUUUUAACUUGUAAGUUCAUCAAGAUGACCUGGAAGUUGCGCGCAUUUGUACGAGAAGUGGCUAUCAGUUGACUUAGUUUACGUUAUUGUAUAAAAGCGUUAAGGUUUAGUGCUAAUGAAGGCGAGAAGAGUACAUCUGUAACGAUACACACAUCUGUAACGAUACACACAACUAGAAGGGCCAUGGUUGUUCGAAUAUAAACUGCAGUCCAGCCGGGUAGUAGCAAUUCAUAGCAAAGUCAUCAACCGGUGACUGUAGACGAGGUUGGGGAUUCAACUCAAGAUUGCAUCUCGAGAUUGUGCCAUUGCAAAACAAGCGCCCUCUCGUGAGGUGCAAAUCGAGGGAUUGCUAUUUGAAUCUACGAGUAAUAGGCAUUGGCAGGCGAUUCCCCGUGAACCCAACACACAUACGCCAUCGGAAACACGAUGAUUAGAUAAAUCACCGGAAUUUUAAGGAUGUACACAAGGAAACCAAAUGAUAAAACAUGACCACUGAUUGACCGUCGCUGCAAUACAGCCCGACCACCCGCGGCAGUGUUGAUAAGGACACAAGGUAUGUGCGAAAAAUCGUCAAUCCAAACCGAAACCAAAACUAUAACGAAGCAAAAAAAAACAGCAGUUUUCGAUGGAACAAACUACUAACAAUCAAACGAAUAAAGCAACCCUACAA